GUAAACUAACAUCCGAUGACGGGUUAUAGUAAAGACAUCACCUACGGUCAUUCACGCGAUGUUAUUUCCAGAGAUUUAAUGACAUUUAUGGGUAUUUGUGAGGUCUUUACUGUGCACGGCCCUCGGCUGUUAGCACCUACCAAGCAGACCAAGACUAGGAAGCUCCGAGGGCACGUCAGCCACGGACAUGGUCGUAUUGGCAAGCACAGAAAGCAUCCUGGAGGUCGUGGUAAUGCUGGUGGUAUGCAUCACCACAGAAUCAACUUCGACAAAUACCAUCCGGGGUACUUCGGUAAGGUGGGUAUGAGACAUUACCAUCUUAAGAGAAACACAACCCACUGCCCCACCAUCAACCUGGACAAGCUGUGGACGCUGGUGAGCGAGCAGACCAGGCUCAACUACGGCAAGAAGCCCGACGGACCCGCACCCAUCAUCGAUGCCGUGCGCGCUGGCUACUACAAAGUCCUGGGCAAAGGCAAGCUGCCCAAGCAGCCUGUGAUCGUCAAGGCCAAGUUCUUCAGCCGACGGGCCGAGGAGAAGAUCAAGGCAGUUGGAGGAGCCUGUGUGCUGAUGGCAUAAUGUUCCUGUCAGUGUGUUUUUGCAAAAAUAAACUGUAUAAAUGGAACUA